AUGCCUGCCCUUGUCAAUCAUGGUGGUGAUGAUGAACUGUAUCCUGGGGGUUCGGUGGAGUUGGGGGGUAGGUUUGAUGUGUACUCUUCUCCUACGAAGCGAGCUCGAAUCAGUGUCCCGAUUAGUUUUGGAGAUCUUGAGGAUGAGCAAGAUCAUAAGUCUAGUGUCGAGAUUCUUCCUGACGAAUGUCUCUUUGAGAUAUUCAGACGGCUUUCGAGUGGAAAAGAGAGAAGCUCGUGUGCUUGUGUAUCGAAAAGGUGGCUUAUGCUUGUGAGUGGUAUAUGCAAAGAUGAAAUUGAGACUGUUAGGAACACAAUUUCUUCAGAUGAGAGUCGGGAAGAUGUUGAAGGUGAUGAUGAUGAUGAUGAUGAUGAUGAUGAUGGUGAUGGCUACCUUACGAGGCGUUUGGAAGGGAAGAAAGCUACCGAUGUAAGACUUGCUGCUAUUGCUGUUGGGACUAGUUGGCGCGGUGGACUUGGGAAGCUGUCUAUCAGAGGAAACAACUCGGUUCGAGGUGUUACAAACCGUGGUCUCUCGGCUGUUGCUCAUGGUUGCCCUUCUCUCAGAUCACUUUCAUUGUGGAAUGUGUCUUCUGUUGGUGAUAAGGGUCUGUGUGAGAUUGGAAAAAGAUGUCACAUGUUGGAGAAGCUCGACUUGUGCCAAUCUCAGUGGAUCACCAACAAGGGUUUGAUUGCAAUAGCUGAAGGUUGUCCUAACUUGACCACGUUAAACAUUGAAUCGUGUUCUAAGAUCGGAAAUGAGGGUUUACAAGCGGUUGCAAAGUUAUGUCCUAAUCUACAUUCUAUCUCUAUCAAGGAUUGUCCUCUUGUUGGUGAUCAUGGAGUGUCUAGUUUGUUAUCGUCGGCUUCCGAGUUGUCGAGGGUAAAGCUUCAGAUUUUGAAUAUUACAGAUUUUUCUCUGGCUGUUAUCGGCCAUUAUGGGAAGUCAAUAACAAAUCUGGUUCUUAGCGGACUUCGAAAUGUGAACGAAAGAGGGUUUUGGGUUAUGGGUAUUGCUCAAGGUUUACAGAAACUUGUGUCACUUACUAUAACUUCAUGCCAUGGGGUAACUGAUGCUAGCAUCGAAGCCAUCGGUAAGGGUUGUCAAAAUCUGAAGCAGAUGUGCCUUCGCAGGUGUUGCUUUGUAUCCGACAACGGAUUAGUUGCAUUUUCCAAAUCUGCCGGAUCACUGGAGAACUUGCAUUUGGAAGAGUGUAACAGGUUCACUCAAUCUGGGAUUAUCGGUGCCCUUUCGAGCAUCAAAGCAAACUUGAAAUCACUUACACUAGUGAAGUGUAUGGGAAUUAAAGACAUUGAGUUGGAAAUAUCUAUGCUUUCACCUUGUGAGUCUCUUCGUUCUUUAACCAUCAAAAACUGCCAUGGUCUCGGAAGUGCUAGUUUGGCUAUGAUAGGGAAGCUGUGUCCCCAACUUCAGCAUGUUGAUUUCACCGGACUUUACGCUAUAACAGACGCAGGCCUUCUCCCUCUCUUGGAGAAUUGUGAAGCUGGACUUGUCAAGGUGAACCUUACAGGUUGCUGGAACUUGACAGAUAGCAUAGUUUCCGCCAUGACAAGACUACACGGUGGAACUCUCGAAAUGCUAAACCUUGAUGGAUGCUGGAAUAUCACUGAUGCAAGCUUGGUUGCGAUUGCAGACAACUGCCUACUUCUCAACGAUCUAGAUGUGUCGCGGUGUGCAAUCACCGAUGCCGGUAUAUCUGUUCUCUCUGAUGCCAAUCACCUCAGUUUGCAAGUUCUCUCUAUGUCUGGCUGUUCUGAAAUAUCGAACAAUUGUGCGCCUUUCCUGAAGAGAUUGGGCCUGAACUUGUUAGGAUUGAAUCUUCAAAACUGCAUUGGAAUUGGCAGUAACACGAUUGAGUUGCUCGUGGAGAGUCUGUGGAAAUGUGAUAUUCUGGCCUAA